UAAAAUUUUUAGUUGAGUACCCCAAAAUAUGGUAGAAGAUUAUGAAUUCAUUGCUUAUUGGACUUAAAAUGUAAUAUUAUAUGAAUGGUGGAAAUCAUACGAAGAGUUUAAUUUUCAUCAACUUUGUGUUUUUUCGUGAAUAAUUAGUCUUGUUGUGUUAAUAAAUAUAUUCGUUGCAUUCUGAUCUGCAGCCAAUACGAGAACAGGGUCUGGCAUCGACUAAGAGAAGAGACAUGAGAAGGUGGAGGUGGUGGUUAUACUGGCUUGCAUUCGUCGCCAGGAGCCAAGUGGUCAACAAAAUUUUCCUAGCGGCCAUCUUGAUUGUUUUGUUCUCAGAGCUUUCUCUGAUUAGACGAACAGCGAAUGAGCCAGAAACGACAACAACGACAGCAGCCUUGACCUCCCCCUUUUUCAAUAUCACCAAUCUGGAAUAUUCCAAUGUCGAACGACGUCACAAGCUUAUUGCAUACAGGUGUUACUCAUCCAAAAACGAGAUUCAUACCACGCGCAGGAAGCCCAUCAGACAAAUCUGGAGGAAGAAAUUUAAUACCAGCAUACGCUUGCUCAGCGCAAUCAUCACCACACACUUCAAGCCAAACAUUUUAUUUUGCCCAGUUGGCAAGGUUGCCUCGACUUUCUUAACCAGAUAUAUCAUAACCCUAGUAAACCACAGUAGCUACACAACUCCAUAUGAUGUUCCAAUCAAACAAUCCAAGCGCUCUAUGCUGCAAUCUCUCAUGUCAAUCAAAAGAGAACAACGCCCCCGUUUUAUCAAAGAAUCUUUCAAAUUUUUCUUCACAAGAAACCCAUUUUCUCGCAUCUUUUCCGCCUACAUAGACAAAAUUUUCACCCCAAACCCAUUUUACUGGACUAAAUGGGGCAAAAAGAUUGUUACUUCAUUCAAGCUUUCAUCAAAAAAUUAUGUAUGUGGUUCAAAUAUCCCGUUCAGAUAUUUUGUGAAAUAUGUCUUGAUUAAGUUACACAAAGAGGACACCCACGUGAUGCCAGUUCACAACCACUGCCCGCCGUGUCAGUUUGAGUGGAACAUGGUGGGCCGGCUGGAGGACGUGGACCAGGACCUUCACUACCUCUCCCAGCAACUCAAUGUUAGCUCAAGCUACAUGAACAGCUCUGAUUACAAGCUGCAAGCUUUAAAGGACAUCAUUAAGGACUCGUCUACUGAGGUGCUGGGCCCCUGGAUGGUAAAGAUCUCAAAGUGUGUCAGCCGGUACAAUGCUGGCAGAAUGAUCUGGAGAAAGUUACAAAUCAGGGGCAUCAUUGACAAACAUUUUCCCCUGCCAGUUUCUGAGGCGGAGAUGAAACAAAUUUCUGUGCAUAAGUUCCAGGAGAUCUGCUUGUCAGCAGCAUUAAGGUCUAAUCAAUCCAACUUGAGGUUGCAGAAACAGGAGGCUAUACAGGAAGCGUAUAGGACAAUUGACAUUCACGAUAUGGUGCAGUUACAAACUAUUUACGAGAAAGAUUUUUUUUACUUUGGUUACAAAAACACAUUGGAAAACUAUGAUCCUAAAAGAAAUUUAACUGAAAAGGGUAUCUUAGACUGGAGAAAACCAUGGAUUUUGUGAGUCUGUGAACCAAUGGAAGUAUAGCUUAGGUUCUAAGUUUUAUUUAAUUUGAUAGCUUUUUUAAUUGCCUGGAAAUACAUGAUCUUGCAUACAGAAAUUUAGAUGCCAUAUUUAAAAGUGAUAGAAUUAUUAUUUGGGAACUGUUAUUUAUUAAAAUUAGAAAAGAAUAAUAAACAAAACAUUAUUGCACAGUAUGUGUGACAGUCAAUCAUUAACGUCAAUCAUUGUACCAAACAUCACAGACAUUAAUCAUUGUACCAAACAUCACU